UCUGACGUCAUCAACCCUUGACGAUUUGUUGUUUUGGCUAGCAUGAGUGUGAAAUAAAGCUCAUUGAGAGAAGUUUUCAAGAAAUGCGUGUGAAGUAAAAUAAUAUUACCGUGUUGGUGGUCUGUGAAAAAUUAUGGCUACCCAAAGGGUUCUUCCUCAAAGCAAAGAGACGCUUCUACAGAACUACAACAAAAGGUUGAAAGAUGACAUCAGAUCUAUUCUGGAUAAUUUCACAGAAAUAGUGAAGACCGCAAAGGUUGAGGAUGAGACUCAGGUGUCCAGGGCCACGCAGGGGGAGCAAGACCACUAUGAGAUGCAAGUCAGAGCUGCCAACAUUGUUCGUGCAGGCGAGUCUUUGAUGAAACUUGUGUCAGACCUGAAGCAGUUCUUGAUCCUGAAUGAUUUCCCAUCUGUGAAUGAGGCGAUCAGCCUUCGCAACCAGCAGCUACGCUCCCUCCAGGAAGAGUGUGACAAGAAGCUCAUCUCACUCCGCGACGAGAUCGCCAUAGAUCUAUACGAGCUCGAGGAAGAGUAUUACUCCUCCAGCUGUGGACAGUGGGACGGGGUAGAGCUGCCAUUGUGCGAGGCGUUUCGCAGGAGGGAUAGCUGGGGAUUUCCGGACACGUCAUCUGAGCCUGGCCACAGCAGCACAGAGGAAUCGGAGCGGCCACCAUCCCAGGAAGUAGUCCCGCGCCACCUCAAUGGACACGGAGCCAUCCCUGGGGAUCAGUGCUGAUGCCCAGAACGGAUCCGGGGUCACUGACGGACCAAGCAACAACCAGGACUCAAAUCCCAAAUCCAACAGUUGGAUUUGGACUCUGUAGUAUACUGCACGUCUAAAGCCUCCACCGUACCAUGGCACUCAUGAAUCUCUGUCUUUCAGUACCAUCUCAUCAAGAGUUAUAACAUUGCUCUGGUUUAUUGUUCUCCUACUAAGUAUUUUAGAGCUGAUUUUUUUUGUAUUGGACAUUUAGAGAACCUACAUGUGUGUAGAAUGUUUCUACACAUCUGUGCAUUUGGUAAUGGAGCUCAAGCCCUCUUGUCCAUGCCCCAACUCAGGGCUGACCUUCUGGUCUGCCUUGAACAGCUCAGUGGCAUUAGCUUCCUUCAUGCUUUGUAAAAACAUGCUAUGUGGCAGUUAUUUGUUUGUUUUUUUUGUUUGCAUGAUAAUUCAUGCUGUUUGUAACUUUGUUAUUCAUUCCGUUGUUUUCAGAAGCAUUAUAGAUGGUAGAAAUUACGCUGUAGGACAGACAAUGUCUGAAAGAUGCUUUUUGUAGAAACUAGGAAAUGUGAAGAGGUUGGCAUUUCACUAUAGGUCUAUGUGUAGACAGCUGUAUUUUGUGUCCUUGGGUUAAAAGUUAAUAGUUAUGUAAUUUAGAGUUUUCAUUUCUGAACUUUGAACAUAUAACAGUGUAUGCAUUAACUAGGAAUUCAAAAUGAAGUGCACAAUUAAUUAAAACAAUUUGGGAACAGA